UGGCAGGUGGGCCAGUUGCAGGAGACUGUCGACGCAGACAGCGAAGUGCCGCGCUGCUUCUCAGAGCGCAGAGUGGUGCGAGACAGGAACAAGCGCGGGCGCGUGCGGGACCGCGCCGAGGAGCGCGUCGAGAAGCAGGAGAAGGAGGUCAUCGAAGCUCCGGAGACGCUGAAGAAAGACAGGGCUGCUCUGGCAAGGCAUGGGGGGACCCCUGGCAAGCUCGAGCAGCGCAUCGACGACCCCGGCGUGCCAAAGCCUGGGCAAAGAUGGGGGGCAGCGGUCGCCUUCCUCGAGCAGGCCGCCAAGUGCCUGCGCGACAGGGGCGCUGACCCCAAGCUCCAGGAAGCGCUGCGGCGCGCGAACAACCGGAAGAAG